AAUCUCCCCCUCCCAAAAUCGCUCCAUCACAUAAACCUGGGGGGGGCAGGAGGGGGGGUCCCUUCCGAUCCUCCCUCCUGACGCCCCCCCCAGCAGGCCCCCUCCCCCUCCACUGAAAGCCAUGAAUUUUGAAUUUGAGAGGGAGAUUGGGUUUAUAAACAGCCAGCCUUCGCUCGCCGAGUGUCUGACUUCCUUCCCCGCUGUCUUGGAGACAUUUCAAACUUCAUCAAUCAAGGAGUCGACAUUAAUUCCUCCUCCUCCUCCUUUCGAGCAAACCUUCCCCAGCCUGCAGCCAGGCGCCUCCACCCUUCAGAGACCCGGGAGCCAAAAGCGAGCCGAAGAUGGGCCCGUUCUGCCUCCGCCGCCGCCUCUCCCAGCCGCCCCCCUGGCUCCCGAGUUCCCCUGGAUGAAAGAGAAGAAAUCCGCCAAGAAACCCAGCCAAUCCUCCACGUCUCCUCCGGCUGCCUCCUCGGUCCCAGCCUCCGGGAUCGGCUUGCCCGCAGAUGGCCCGGGGCUGGCGGAGACGGCCGGCGGCGGGGCGCGCAGGCUGCGCACCGCUUACACUAACACGCAGCUGCUGGAGCUGGAGAAGGAAUUCCACUUUAACAAGUACCUGUGCCGGCCGCGCCGCGUGGAGAUCGCGGCCUUGCUGGACCUCACCGAGAGGCAGGUCAAAGUCUGGUUCCAGAACCGGCGCAUGAAGCACAAGCGGCAGACGCAGCACCGAGAGCCGCCCGACGGGGAGCCAGCCUGCCCGGGCGCCCUGGAGGACACCUGCGAGCCCGCCCCGGAGCCCGUGGCUAGCCCGGGCCGCCCCUCCGCCUCGCGGGCGGCGCAGGAAGCCAGCUCUCACCCUCCUGAGGUCGCGCCGGGUCCCCUGGGCGCCCCGGGAGCCCUACCUUUGGCCUCUAGCAGGGAUGGCGCGAGGGCGCCGAGCCCCGGCUGCGACCUGCACGGGGUGGGCGGGCUGGAGCCGGAGCCUUUGCCUGAAGACGCCUUCUCCGAGCGGCAGGAUUCGCCUUUCCUGCCGGACCUCAACUUUUUCGCCGCCGACUCCUGUCUCCAGCUGCCCGGAGGCCUCUCCCCCAGCCUGCGGAGCUCCCUCGACAGCCCGGUUCCCUUGUCCGAGGAAGAGCUGGACUUCUUCACCAGCACCCUCUGUGCCAUCGACCUGCAGUUCCCCUAACUGGUCCCCUCCUGCCAGCCCUUCCGUCCCCCACCCCUCGGUUGUCUAAUGGAAAACCCCAAGGUGGUUAGACGUCUUUCUGUGUUUUGCUAAAAUUCAGGUAUUAUUGAAUUAGCGUUUAAUUCACUUCCUUUCUUCUUUCUCUAAAAUAUUGGGCACUCGGGCGUCUUUUUCAAGUCACACAGAAAAAAUCCGUUUGGUAGACUCCUUCCAAGGAAAUCUCAGGAAUAAUUAAACUUUAGGGGGGGGCUUUCUUGAAAAAAAAAACCCACAAAAAACUAGAGGAACCUAUUUUCCUCUUUUUUUAAGUUUUAGACGGUAGAUUAUUUAUUAAAAUUCUUUAAUAGGAAAAGGGGAAAGUAUUUAUUGUACAUUAUUUUCAUAGAUUAAAUAAAUGUCUUUAUAAUAC